AUGAGGCGCGGCGCCCUUUCUCUGUUGAAGGCAGGACUUCUUGGACACUACCAGCAGGAGGCGUUUGAAGCCCGAAAACGGUUUGAAGAGUCCACGACAUAUCCUGGACCCAUCCGAGCAGCGACACCUGGAGAUACGCGCUUUUAUUCGGGGAGCUUAGAGUCCAUUCUUCAUGAUACUGACAGGCACUAUUGGCGGGCAGUAACUGACGACCCGAGGGUGCAGCACCUAAUUCCAUUAAGAAUAAGGUUCAAAAUAUUUACCUGGGUUACAUCUGGCUGGGAGCAGCGUAUGCAGGUUGUUCAGAUUAUGGCUCCGAAAGACAGUACUAUUGCACAAGUAAAGGAUCUUGUUCUCGUUGAGAAUCAGUCUCCCUAUCUUUGUGUUUCGUCCUUUCAUCUUGCUAUCGAUGGGAAAGAAUUGGACCCACAAAAGACGUUAGGAGAAUAUGGUGUAACAGAGCAAUCACAAAUUGACGCAAUUGAACAGAACGACCAUUUGCUACACAGGGACGAUGAGAGACCCAGGGAUUGGACUGUGGACGAAAUAACAGCGGAAGAUGUGAAGCGUAGUCCAUACAAAGAGAUGGAGAUGCAGCCACUACAAAACUUGGCACCACGUUACGAAGCUCGGCCAAAGGGGUAUUUUGGGAGGACAUAUUAUAGUGGGAUGAAGCAGAGUUCAUGA